AUGGAGUCAAAACUCAAAAAAAUAGCUCCAGCUGUUGGGGCAUUUUCUGUGUUUAUUUACAUAUACCCAGAGAAGCUCUAUACUAUUUUUUGGUUUUGUGGCGGGGUUUGAUUCACGAUUUUAUUACAACUGGCAGUUUAUUAUUUAUUUUUAUUGAAAGAGCCUAGAGAAAAGUUAGAAGAGCCGAAAACUGAUAGGAAAAUUAAUUUGAGAAAAGAUUCAGCAGAAAGAAUUGAAAUGAGAAGGGAGCAGCACGAUGCAACUCCAAGGUUGGAUUAUAGCAGUUGCCCGAUGAUGGCGCUCAAUGCGCCAUCAUCGGGCAACACCAACAAGGGUCCACACGUGAAAUGGGUUCCACGUGUGGAGCCCUUUUUGGCUCGUGGAAAUGAGGAUUCUCCACGUGUAAAAAAGGGCUCCCACAUGUGGAAUCCAUUUCCACUGUGGACCCUUUCUGGUGUUGCCCGAUGAUGGCGCAUUGAGCGCCAUCAUCGGGGCAACUGCUAUAGAUUAGAAUGAGUCUUUGGGGGUUAUUUCAACCUCUAUUCUCAUUCUCCGACUUCAGACUCCUCGUUCUAAGUGUCUGUUUGCGUUAACUCCCUUUUCUGUCAGCGUCUCUGGGAGGCGCAUCCAGGAAAUUCCUUAGACAACUCCUAGCGGUCGGCAUAAUCUAUCUGAGGAUGGUGGGUAAGAGACUGGUCCCCAUUACCUAUCCAGAAGUGUGGGAUUAUCACAUGGAAUCUGGUUUCCUUGCCUAUGGUGCGGGAUAAAAAACUGUCAAGAUGUACCGACCAGGAAGAAAAAACCCACCACAGACACAAAGUUCCAGGCACGGUUUUCUUAGAGCCAAAAACCCUAAAGUAUGCUAGAAGUACGUAUCAGAUAAGUCACCAUUUUAUUUUGCGCAUGAAACUCCAAGAAGAAGCUUAAAAAGAAGAGAAACAAUGGUACCUUGCCUAUGCAAAGGAUCUGAAUUUAAUUCUCUUGCAAGUGGGUCUGAUUCUACUAUUACUGAGCUUGUUCAGUAUAUGAAAGAUUUAGUCCAAAUCGAAAAAGCAUAUGGGCAAGCUCUAUCAAAAAUCGGCGAAAUUUCAUUCCUCACCAAAGUUAUCAGCAAACAAAAUAAAUCACAACUGUUUGGAAAUUUAAAAGUCACUUUAAAUCAAAUUGGAAUCAACCAUACAGAUGAAGCUAAAUAUCUAUCAGAUAGCUUGAUUGAACAUUUAUUAGUUGUCGAGAAAGAAAUGAAAUCUAAGCAUAAGGAGCUUGCGCAAAAACUCAAAAAUUUCUAUGGGAAUGUUGAAGCUGCCGCAAAUGAUCUCCAAAAAGUUCAAACAAAGCUUACUGAAACUCAAAAUGCCCAACAAAAAGCACAAAAUGAAUAUAAAGAUAUCAAAAACAUAGGAUUUGAAGUCAUAGCCAAAAGAGAAAUGAAAUUAAAACUGAUAAGCAGCGAGCUAUCUACUCUUCAGCACACACUCCAACAAAUGAAAGACAAACUAAAUGAAGAAAUCUAUAAAUAUCUCCCCAAAGCAAAAGAAGUUUUUGAAGAGUUCAAAGUUCUUCGACAUCAAAAAGCAUCUCAAUAUAUUUCAUGUGUAAAAAGCUGAAUAAAUAGCCUAGAAAGCUGCAUGAGCAAUAAUCUGCAGGUUUGGCAUAAAAAUAAUGAUGAGUCAAUGUAUACAGAAGGGGAUGAAAUCCUUGAUAUCGAUGAAGAAGUCAAAGCUAAUGAAAGCUCUCUCAAUUGGAAUAAAAGGCAGAGGUCAUUAGAAAUGAAAGAGGAAAAAUUCGGGAUAAAAGACAUCAAAGACAUCUGGGCUAAAGCUGUAAAUAGAAUUACAGCAGUUAAUCAGCAGGAAAUUGAAGAUUUAGAUAAGAAAGCAAAAGAAGUCAAAAACUACUUUGAAGAUAUAACCGCCUUUAUCAAAAACUUGAUAAGUGCAGAAAGAAAUUACGCCAGUGAGUUAAAUCUCAUUAUUGAGGCCUGGCAUAAUUUAGAUGAGCUAGGAAUUGGCGAUGAAUGAAGGAGCACUGCGAAGGACUUUGAGUUUGUUACAGAAGCCAUUGAAAGGCAUUCAGAAGAAGUUGAAGGGGUUAGGGAAGAGCUUAAUAACUUUGAAGUCUAUUUGUCUGAUUUUUAUGAGCUAUUAGAUAAAGCAAAAGGAACUCCAGAACUUUUGCAGAAGGUUAAGGGAAAAAUUAGUUAAUCUUAAUUACAAAUGGUGGAGGCCUUAUUGGCUACGAAUGAGAUGAUAAUUCGCCUUGCGAAAGCCUUACUCCUCUAGAAGCUGCCUAAUCAAUGGCAGAAUGAGUGAGCAGAAGGGUGCUCUCCUCCUUGCCUUAAUAGGGUUCCAGUCUUGAGAGGGUGACUACGGAUUCCUGUGACCCUGCUUCAGGCACAUUGGAGAGGCAGCUUGAUCGGGAAAAAGCCCGAAGCCUGAUGGGUGCAAGGUGCCUGCCCUUAGCAGCUACAGGAAAAAUGCUUAAUCCCUGGGCGUAGGUCGUAACCCCUGAAAUCACAGUGAAGUUCACCUUCAUGGUCCCGAAGGACAUCCAGGCUACUUCUUUCCAGUCACAGGAACUAAGCGAAAACGUACCCGGAUAUAAAUAAGCACAUAUCAGAUCUGCAUCUCGGCUGGCUCCUCGCCCAACUCGCAUUGGCAAGAAGUUUGAGAAAAUUGAGUCAAGAGGUCGGCUGAGCUUAGGUCGCCAUUUUAUAUAUAAGGAAAAAUUAUCAGAGCUGAUAAUACUAAAAGACAGGCUAGAUGAAACUUGCAAAGCCAAGCUUACUAUUGCACUUGGCAAUAAGCUAAAAGAAUGCCACAAAUUUUUAUCUUCUUUGCAUCACAUGGACGAUGCUGAAGAUAUUGAAGUGUUCGGACAAUUUUCUGAUAAGGCAAAAAACCAUAGAGAGCAAUGCCCAUAUUUUAUUCAUUCUCUCCUACGUGAGCGAGCAAAACCGUAGGAUAAAUCCUUUCUUUUAGAGUAAAAAACUCGCCUUCCGUAAGCAAACAAACAAUUUUUUAAUAUAAGAAAUUUUUAUGAAAAACAUUUAAGAUAUAAAUGAUAGUUAUUAUAACGAAAUCUCUUGCUAAUUCUUUUUAAUUUAAAAUAACCUGCAUUUUAAUCAUAAAUAUUAUAAAUUAAAUUAAUAUUUGCUUUCAAUUUUUGCGAAUUUGAAUUUUUUUAAAUUUUAAAAAAAUAUAUUUGCUAUAUAUAUAAUUUUUUUAAAUAAAAUUAACCCCGCGAGCGAGCAAUAUUUUUUGUUCGCUCACGGAGGGGAGUCAGGAAAUUGUCCCAGAGUCUGGAAGUGAAAAUACAACAGUAACUCGGAUCCAAACUGGCUCAGCAGAAUCUUCGGUGUGGCUUAACGAGUUGCUUUCUACUUAUAUAUCUGAGUGAAUUGAUGCUCCCAGAUUCCAAAAGUGGAUUUGUCGAAGGCUUAAAAAGGUCUACAACAAAGACAGGCCUGAAAUUAUUAGUGAAAUCAACGUCAGAAAUGUUGAAUUAGGUGGUCAAUCACCUAUUGUCAGUGAGUUUACUCCACUGUCAAAGGACUCUGAGCUAGACUUUUACUAUGAGUUUGAUCUGGUCUUUGAAGGCCAAGUUAUUAUUAACAUAGAUUUUCAAGUUCUUUUGGGUCCCGCCAAAAUCCCAAUUUAUGUACGAAUAAUUUUGCACUCAUUCAAUGGAAGGGUGAUGCUAUUUUAUACUCCUUCAGACAAGGGAAUGUCAUGGUACUCUUUGACUGCAAAACCUGAUCUUAGAAUUACUUUGGAGCCAGUGCUUGGAAAAGCAAAUAAAGUGGAACUGAAAAAAUUCCCACAAUUAAUUGCAUUUUUGAUGAAAGGAGUUGAUAAAAAGCUUGAAAAGUUUAUUUUCCCCAAUACAAGGUCUAUUAAAAUUCCUAAAGGGAAAAAACCUAUAUUUAGACUAUAA